CCACUACUCUCGUCGCACCAGAACAUCUCCUCCACGCGCAAUCACCGCUAAAUUUAAUUUUCCCAUCACUUUAUUCUAUCUUCUUCUUUACUUUACUUUCUUAUCUGAGUUUGAAACCCCAAGUCUCUCACUAUUAUUUAUCAAUCUGCUUCUCUUUCAUUUGCAUUUGCAUUUGCAAAACAAUAGUUGAAAAUGGGUCGAGCUAUUUUGUUAUUUGCUCUCUGCGUUCUACCGGCACUUGUGGCCGCUGCUCGCCCCGCCAGAACCCAGUUUGAAGUAGAAGGUUACGUCUACUGUGAUCAUUGCCGUGCUGGUUUUGAGACUCAAAAGACCACCUAUAUCGCUGGUGCCCGGGUUAGACUUGAAUGCAAAAACAGGCAGACAAUGGAACUUGUGUACAGCAAAGAAGCAACUACAGACUCGAGCGGAACAUACAAGAUCCGUGUUAGUGAGGAUCAUCAGGAUCAGAUCUGUGAUACUAUGCUAGUUAGUAGCUCCCGAGCCGACUGCAGGAGCCCAUCAUCAGGACGUGAUCGUGCCCGUGUUGUCCUUACAAAUAACAAUGGCAUUGCAUCAAACAAGCGAUACGCCAAUUCCAUGGGUUUUGAAGUUGAGGAGCCAAUGUCUGGUUGUGCUGAAGUUCUCAGGCAAUACAAGGAACUUGAUGAGUAGAAUAUUAUUAUUAUUAUUAUUAUUAUUAUUGAGAGUCUAGCUGAUUAAUUGAACUUUGGUUGGGCAGUAUUCUGUUGCCUGUUAUCUAUAUAUAUUAAAUUUAUUAUCUGGAUUCUUAUGUUCUUUUGAGGACUCUUAAUUCGUAUUGUUAAUGAAAAUCUCGUUUUAAUUAUAAUGUA